AUGUAUAAAAUUCAGAUUAUAUGCAAAACUCAAUAUCAAGAUAAUUUAGUAAAAUAUACAAUAAGUUGGAUUGACAAUAGUAAAACACAUCAAUAUGUUACAAGUUAUAGUUCUGCAAUGAAUGUAAAUGACAAGUUUUUACAGAAAUUAGGAAAAUUUAAUAAACGUAUUUCAGGAGUAAGAUUAUUUGCUUUUGAUUUAAAAUAUUUGAAAAAGCGAUGUAAUUCUUCAAGCGCAUCUAAAAAAAAACCUUUAAAAGAACUAUCUUUAUUACGUAUACAUAGAUGA